GGGGGGCGGCAGCUGACCUCCUCCACACCGUCUCUCAGCUGGAGGCCCACAUGAGCCUGAGCAGGAAGUUGCUGCGUCUGGGGAACUCUGUGGAGGCGCUGGAGGCUGCCAAGAGGGCCAUCCACCUGUCUGACGGAGUUCUGAGGCUGUGCCUGACCAUCAGCCACCUGAACAGAGCCAUGUACUUCGCCUGUGACAACAUCCUUUGGGCCGGGAAGACGGGCCUGGUCCCCGAAGUGGACCUGCACAAGUGGAGCCAGAGAUCUUUCAGGUACUACCUCUUCACUCUGAUCCUGAACCUGACUCGAGAUGUGUACGAGCUGCACCUCCUCAUGGAUAGAGAAGCCCGCUACAGAGCCUCCAAAUCCCCGCCCUCAGCCCAGCCCAGCUCCUCCCUGUCUGCUGACCCCCCCUCCCCGACCCCAGAGGCUCUGCCGUGGCUCAGCAGACAGCUCCACCUGCUGGUGACGGUGCUGUACAGCAACCCCCCCCUGCUGCUGGACCUGCUGAAGAACUUGUGUGAUAUCUUUAUCCCUCUGGACCGGCUGGGGAUCCGCCCCACGGGGUCCGGCUUCGUGGGGGCCUGCGGCCUCACCUCCUCCCUCCUCUCCAUCGCCACCAUCCUCCACCCCUGGCUCAAGCUCAAGCCCUGAACCUAGAAACUGAUAUGACUAACAGGCGGCCCACUGCUUCACUUCCUGCCUGCAUGUUUGAAAUGAUCACAGCGUCAGGUAGCAGGUGUGAGGCACAGACUGCUUCCACAAAGCUGACUGCUAUGUCACACUGAUCACUAUCAAAAGAUAACUAUGGUUUACCACCAAAGGGUCUGUGGCAAAGCCUCCCCUGCACUUCACUCUGAAGAGAUUGAAAUAUACAGAGCUGCUUUAUUAAUGCAACAUGAACCUGGAAUAGAAUCUGAAUGCAUGGCCGGUUCUUAACAUACAUUUUGUAAAAAAGAAAAGUCUAAAUGAUGUGUAAGAUAGGGAUGUAUGCUCAUUGUAUUUGAUAUUUGGGUGUGUAAAUAAAAUUAAUUUAAAAAUG